AUGGACGAGGUGAUGGAAGCAGCGGCGCAGGCCGGCAAGAGCCUCACCGAGCCCGUCAAAGCCAUCGAGGACAAGUGGCUGCUUUUGCCAGCGUACCUCCAGGUCAAAGGUCUCGUCAAGCAGCACAUUGACUCGUUCAACUACUUUGUGGAUGUCGACUUGAAAAACAUCCUGCGGGCGAACGAGCGUGUGACAUCAGAUAUCGAUCCCAAAUUCUACCUCAAGUACACGGACAUCUCCGUGGGCCGCCCAGAACGGUCCGAUCCAGAUGCGAUCGACCGCAGCAUCACGCCGCACGAAUGCCGUCUGCGCGACAUUACCUACAGCGCCUUUAUCUACGUCGACAUCGAGUACACACGCGGUGGCAAAAUUGUGCGCCGUAAGAAUGUGCCGAUCGGACGCCUGCCGAUCAUGCUUCGCAGCAACAAGUGCUGGCUGGCUGGACAGGACGAUGCGGCCCUCGCACGCAUGAACGAGUGCCCCCUCGAUCCAGGUGGCUACUUUGUCGUCAAGGGCACAGAAAAGGUCAUUCUCGUGCAGGAGCAGCUGUCCAAGAACCGCAUUAUCGUCGAGGCAGACAGUCGCAAAGGCAUCGUCCAAGCGUCCGUCACCAGUUCGACGCACGAACGCAAGUCCAAGUCGUACGUGCUCACCAAGCACGGCCUCAUCUACAUCAAGCACAACUCGCUGCAUGAAGACAUUCCUAUCGUGAUCGUGUUUCGUGCGCUCGGAAUCCAGUCGGACAAGGAAAUUCUGCAGCUCGUCGCCGGGCAGGACGAGGCGUACGCGGAGCUCUUCGCCGUGAACAUCGAAAAGGCUGCCAAGCUGGAAGUGUUCUCACGCCGCCAGGCACUCGACUACAUCGGCGCGCGCGUCAAGGUCAUGCGCCGCGGCGUGGGUCUGCGGCGCUCGGCAAGUGACGAGGCGCUCGAAGUACUUGCGACCGUCAUUAUGGCGCACGUCCCCGUCGAGAACGGCAACUUUCGAAACAAGACCAUGUACAUCGCCACCAUGGUCCGCCGCGUCCUCGUCUGCAUGCUCGACGAAAGCAAGGUGGACGACCGCGAUUACGUCGGUAACAAGCGUCUGGAACUCGCGGGCCAGCUCCUCGCUCUCCUGUUCGAAGACCUGUUCAAGAAGUUCAACUUUGACUUGAAAACGAAUAUCGACAAGGUGCUCAAAAAGCCUAAUCGCACGGCAGAGUUCGACGCGUACAACCAGUUCUUUUACCAUGGCGACUAUAUCACGGCCGGAUUCGUGCGUGCGAUCUCGACAGGCAACUGGAGCUUGAAGCGAUUCAAGAUGGAACGCGCUGGCGUCACGCAUGUGCUGAGUCGGCUGAGCUAUAUCAGCGCACUGGGCAUGAUGAUGCGUAUCAGCAGUCAGUUUGAAAAGACCCGCAAAGUGUCCGGUCCACGCGCCUUGCAGUCGUCGCAGUGGGGUAUGCUAUGCCCGUCCGACACGCCCGAGGGUGAAGCGUGCGGUCUCGUCAAGAAUCUCGCAUUGAUGACGCAUAUCACGACGGACGUCGACGAAGCACCGAUCGUGCGUCUGUGCUACACACUCGGUCUCGAAGAUAUCAAUUUGCUCACGGGCGCCGAGCUGUACCAGCCCGACACGUUCAUUGUGUUUUUGAACGGCAAUGUGCUGGGCGUGACGCAUGCGCCUCACCGCUUCGUGGCGCAGUUCCGCCGUUUGCGUCGCAAAGGACUCAUGUCUGAGUUCGUCGGCAUUUACACCAACAUGCACCACCAGACGGUGCACAUUGCGUCAGACGGCGGGCGUGUCUGCCGCCCCAUGAUCAUUGUCGAGCGCGGUCAGCCCCAAGUGACGUCAGCGCACAUCCGCCAGCUGCAGGCAGGGGCCAUGUCGUUUGACGACUUUUUGCGCCACGGACUUGUCGAGUACCUCGACGUAAACGAGGAGAACGACUCCAAUAUCGCGCUGUUCGAGCAUAAUAUCAAGCCCAGCACGACGCACCUGGAAAUCGAGUGCUUCACGCUGCUGGGCGCCGUGGCUGGUCUCGUGCCGUAUCCGCACCAUAAUCAGUCGCCGCGUAACACGUACCAGUGUGCCAUGGGUAAGCAGGCCAUCGGUGCGAUUGGCUACAAUCAGCUGAACCGCAUCGAUACACUCCUGUACCUCAUGGUGUAUCCGCAAAAGCCGAUCGUAUCGACCAAGACGAUUGAGCUUAUUGGGUACGACAAGCUGCCAGCUGGGCAAAAUGCGAUGGUCGCCGUCAUGAGCUUCUCCGGCUACGAUAUUGAGGAUGCGCUCGUGCUGAACGGCGCUUCGUUGGACCGCGGCUUUGGGCGGUGCCAGGUCAUGCGAAAGCAGUCGACAGUGCUGCGCAAGUAUGCGAACGGCACGUUUGAUCGCCUCGCCGAUGCGCCUUUGAACGAGCAUGGCGAGCCGCUGCGGCGUUUCGAAUGCCUUGAGGCAGAUGGCUUGGCUGGCGCUGGUGAGCGACUGGAGCCUGGGGACGUGUUUGUGAACAAGCAAAUGCCCAUCAACGCGAACGAUAACAGUGCGGGCACUAUGAUGAAUACGGCGGUGGCGUACAAGAAUGCACCGCUGUCGUACAAGGCGCCGGUCGGUGGCUACGUGGACCAGGUGCUGGUGAGCGACACCGACUCGGACCAGACUCUCGUCAAGGCGCUGAUUCGGCAGACGCGGCGCCCUGAGCUGGGCGACAAGUUCUCGUCGCGCCACGGCCAAAAAGGUGUGGUGGGCCUGAUUGUGCCGCAGGCAGACAUGCCGUUCAAUGAUGCGGGUAUUUGUCCCGACAUUAUUAUGAAUCCACACGGUUUCCCAUCGCGCAUGACCGUCGGCAAGAUGAUUGAGCUCAUGUCCGGCAAGGCUGGUAUUCUGCGCGGCACGCAAGAAUACGGCACGGCGUUUGGCGGAUCGGACGUGUACGACAUGUCGCGCGUGCUUGUGGAGCACGGCUACAACUACGGCGGCAAAGAGUACCUGACGAGCGGCAUGACAGGUGAGCCACUCGAGGCGUACGUGUACUUUGGCCCGAUCUACUACCAAAAGCUGAAACACAUGGUCAUGGACAAGAUGCAUGCGCGAGCGCGUGGCCCGCGUGCGGUGCUCACGCGCCAGCCCACCGAGGGACGCAGUCGCGACGGUGGUUUGCGUCUCGGCGAGAUGGAGCGCGAUUGCCUGAUUGGCUACGGAGCCACGCAGCUCUUACUGGAGCGCCUGAUGGUCAGUUCCGACGCGUUCGUCGUGAAUGCCUGCGAGCAGUGUGGUCUGCUGGGCUACAAUGGCUACUGUGGCUACUGCAAGAGCUCAAAGCAUGUCGUAAAGCUCACGGUCCCGUAUGCGACCAAGCUGCUGUUCCAGGAGCUCAUGGCCAUGCAAGUCGUGCCACGCCUCGUGCUGGAAGAGGCCGUAUAG